CAACAUGGCCGCGUCCAUGACAAAGUGGGCGUGUUAUCACCAGCGUUAGGAGACGAAACACAACACGAUCAACAUGCCUUCAGCAACUGUGACAGUGCGAGAGCUCAAGAACAAAGACACCUGUAUUGACAUUGCUGUGCCCAACUACAAAGAAACCAAAGGACUUAUACAGUCAACAUUUGAGUACCAUGUGGUCGUUGUGUCUUCCUUACCGUUCUUCAAGUCUGCCAAACAUAAACCAAGUGAUGUUGUCCAGUAUAUGGUGUCUAAGAAAUUUGCUGAAUUUGAGGAUCUACAUACCAAACUAUCUGCAAAGUUUUCAGGAACAGUCUUGCCUCUUUUGUCCAAAAAAGCUCUGAUUGUCAAUGAUACUGUUGCCAAAGAAAGACGAGGAAAUCUGGACUCUUUCCUGAAAUUUAUAGCGUGUACUCCCAAGUUUUCUACUGCCUCUGUCCUGCUAGAAUUCUUAGGUGUAAAUGCAAUCAAAGCUGGAAAGUACAGAAAGGAUGAAGAGCUUCAAGAAGACACAGAAAAUAACAAGAGUUCAGAAGACCAAGAUGAGUCCAGUACACAGGACAGACCUGAAACUGAACAAAGUUUAUUUGAUGAGGAGGAGGAAGACGAUGAGAAUGCAGAUGAUUUCUUCUCCAAGGAGGAGGAGGACGCUGGAGGAGACGAUACCCUGGGUGGUACAGGAGAUAAUUAUAGAAACCAAUUCCAAGAUACCAAGCUUUUUGAAGACCAAGAUUUAAUGGGAGCUUUUACGGAGGAGGAUGCAAAUGACUUUAUCUUACCUGGAGCUAGGGAAACCGUGACCAAAGAAACCUCAAGCUUGUUUAUGGACGAGGAUAACUCUGACCUUUUGCAGCUUGAUGACGAUUUAGAUAAAUUUUUAAAAAUUAAAACCAACAAACCUGACUCCAAACCUAAACCGUCACCUCGCCCAGAGGAAAAGUCUCCGAAGCCAACAGUUCCCCAACAGAAACCAUCCAUCUCCCCAAAGAAACCAUCCGUCUCCCCAGAGAAACCGACAGUUUCUAUGCAAAAACUGGCACCGGCACCACGGAAACCAAAGAUUGGCGCAAAACCUGCUGCAUCACAAGAUACCGGUGCAAAACCAUCAAUAAAACCUAAGCCAAGCUUAGCAGCAAAACCAGUGUUACCAAAGAAACCAGAUACAGAUGGUCCUGAGGUCAAACCAGAGAGGCAAGCAGUUGAAAAUAAAGUUGAAAAGCUGGAUACGAAUGACAUAAUGCAGUACAUUCAACAAAAUACCUCACAAGAUGACGAACUUGACUUGUUUUCUUGAGACAAGGGAGAUAACUUUUGUGGUGCUAAAUUUCAUUUUGUAAACAUUUUCAUUUUAUUUUCUUAUUCUUAAAUAAUAUGCAGGAUUUUGUACAUCUUUUUUCACAAAGUUCCAAAGUUCUUGAAAAAUGAAAAAUUCUUCUGAGUGAGAAAAUUAGAUAUUAGAUUCUGAUUUGAGAUUUUUUACCAGUUUAACAAUUUGACAUAUGGACUGCUUGUAAACUGACCUAUUGUGUGUUACAUCUUGCUACGAUUCGCCUUUAGCAUUGUGUUUAUGUGAGAUAGCACUAUAAAGUCUGCAUCAGAUCUGCGCUAUCACAAGGAGGCAAGUACCAACAUACCCUGUCUCCUG